AUGGCUGAUGAACAAAGGAGGCGGCCAUUCAGUUUUGAAGAAUAUGCCGAUAUCCUUUUCUAUUACGGAGAUGCCAGAGGCAAUGCUGAAGAAGCUAGUCACAAACGAUCGCCUACGUGCCUUUUAUGCAACAAAGUUUUGGGCAAUGACGCUAUGAAACCAUCUAAACUGCAAGAUUAUCUGAGAAGAUGCCACCCGGACAAAACAGAGAAAGGUUUGAAAUACUUUCAAACACUCAAAGAUAAAUUUCAGAAAAAACCUACCCUAGACAAAAUGUUCGCUUCGACGUCACAAAGAAAUGAUGAUGGUUUGCGGGCGUCUUACAAUAUCUUACUUAUAGCAAAAUCCGGAAAACCGCAUACUAUCGGAGAGAAGUUAAUUUUGCCAGCCGUUGAAGAGGUUUUAAAAACUGUUUUACACAAACCUGCAUCUGAUAUCAUUAAAAGAAUUCCCAUAAGCAACAAUACUGUUGAAAGACGUAUUGAUGAAAUGAGUUCUGAUAUUGAAAGCUUCUUAUGUAAUUAUUUGGAAACGACCCAUUUCUCUAUACAACUGGACGAGUCAACUUUACCUGAUAAUGCAGCAUUAUUAUUGGAAUAUGUUCGUUCUAUUAUGAAUAAAGAAAUCUACGAAGACCUGCUCUUCGCAAGAACAUUGAUAACCGACACUAAAGAAUUUCUGGAUACUAAAGAUAAAAUUUUAAAAGAAAAUUUAAUGAAGAGGAAAACAGACAUCGCCUAUUUAACAGAUUUGUUUACAAAAUUUAAUAUGGUUAAUUUGCAAUUACAAGGCGACAGUUUAAAUUUGAUUAAAACAAAGUCCAUCUUAUCAGCGUUUCUUGCCAGAGUUAAACUAAUGAAGCAAAAUAUUGGACGGGGCGAAUUUUCUCAGUUCCCCAAUUUGUCACAGACCAGCUGCCAGGAAGACGCAGUUUCAACUUACGUUCAACAUUUAAGUGCAAUCUAUUCAGAUUUUGAAUCUAGGUUUGAGGAUAUUUUGACUAUGGUAAUACCACCGUGGAUAAUUAAUCCAUAUGAUGAUAUAAAAGAAACGAAUGUCAUAAUACAAGAGGAACUGACUGAACUAAGUACAAACAAAGAACUUAAGGUUCAGUUUAAAAACGGAUAUUAG